GCGGGCUCUGAAAAGCCGGCUGUGACGGCUGCAACAUGGCGGACAUGUUGAGCGUUGGGGUGAACCUGGAGGCCUUUUCGCAGGCUAUUAGUGCCAUCCAGGCACUGCGCUCUAGCGUGAGUAGGGUGUUCGACUGCCUUAAGGAUGGCAUGCGCAACAAAGAGACGCUGGAGGGCCGCGAGAAGGCCUUCAUCGCGCACUUCCAGGACAACUUGCAUUCCGUCAACCGGGACCUCAACGAACUGGAACGUUUGAGCAACCUGGUAGGCAAGCCGUCUGAGAACCACCCUCUUCAUAACAGUGGGCUGCUAAGCCUGGAUCCUGUGCAGGACAAAACCCCACUCUACAGCCAGCUUCUGCAAGCAUACAAAUGGUCCAACAAGCUGCAGUACCAUGCAGGUCUAGCAUCUGGCCUUUUGAAUCAACAAUCCUUGAAGCGCUCUGCAAAUCAGAUGGGUGUGUCUGCCAAGCGGAGACCGAAGGCCCAGCCCACCACUCUGGUUCUGCCACCUCAGUAUGUCGAUGACGUGAUCAGCCGCAUUGACAGGAUGUUUCCAGAAAUGUCCAUUCACUUAUCGAGACCCAAUGGGACUUCAGCAAUGCUUCUGGUGACCUUGGGGAAGGUGUUGAAAGUGAUCGUGGUCAUGAGGAGCCUGUUCAUCGAUCGCACGAUUGUGAAGGGGUAUAACGAGAGUGUCUACACAGAGGAUGGAAAGCUGGACAUAUGGUCCAAAUCCAACUAUCAAGUAUUCCAGAAGGUGACAGACCACGCCACCACUGCUCUGCUUCACUAUCAGUUACCCCAGAUGCCAGACGUCGUGGUCAGGUCCUUCAUGACCUGGUUGAGAAGCUACAUUAAGCUGUUCCAGGCCCCGUGUCAGCGCUGUGGGAAGUUUCUACAAGACGGCCUUCCCCCAACAUGGAGAGACUUCCGGACCCUGGAAGCUUUCCAUGACACCUGCCGCCAGUGACCCCAGACCAGCCUGACCCACUCACCACUUAGGUGUCUGUCUGUUGCUGUUCUCCCUGACAAAACUGUCAUCCACAUCAGUGCAUCAUGGGAAGAUGGUCUGCCCCUUCUCUGUGUGCUGGGCCCUGGGAAUGUUGCUUCCAUGAGCUGUUGGUUAUGCUUGGUUGGUUUUUGUAACUUAUUUUUGUAAACAAUAAACCUUUUAUACCUGGACAAAGCUCCAGGACUGCUUCUUA